AUGGGUGCAAAAACUCAUAAUUCUAGAGGGAAAAUAUUCAUGAUCUAUCUAAUACUAAUCUCAUUAUCACUUUUUGGUUUGAUCUUACCUUUUAAACCUCUUUUAAAGAUCACUUCUCCAUCUUCAACGUUACGGAUUAAUCUCCCUUCUCCUCAAGUAAGCCAAAACCCGAAAUGGCUCCGACUCGUCCGUGACUAUCUACCGGGAAAGAAGAUCCAAGUCGGCUUCCUUAACCUCGAAGAGAAAGAGCGUGAGAGCUACGAGGCUCGUGGACCGUCGAUACUAAAGAACGUCCACGUGUCGCUAGAUCCUUUACCGGAGAAUGUUACUUGGAAGAGUCUUUACCCGGAGUGGAUCAAUGAAGAAGUUUCAAACUGUCCGGAGAUACCUCUCCCUAAGCUACAAGGUUCUGAUGUUGACGUGGACGUUAUUGUUGCUAGAGUUCCAUGUGAUGGAUGGUCGGAGAAUAAAGGGGUUAGAGAUGUUUUCAGGCUUCAGGUUAACUUGGCCGUGGCGAAUCUAGCCGUUCAGAGUGGUAUGGCCAUGGGAAGGGUUGAUGCAACGGUGUACGUUGUGUUCAUUGGCUCAUGUGGACCUAUGCAUGAGAUCUUUAAGUGCGAUGAACGAGUUAGGCGGGUUGAUGAUUACUGGGUGUAUAAGCCUUAUAUCCCAAGGUUGAAGCAGAAGCUUCUCAUGCCUGUUGGUUCAUGUCGCAUUGCUCCACCAUUUGCUCAAUUUGGGCAAGAAGCAUGGAGACCAAAAACUGAUGUCAAACUUGCAUCCGAGGCAUCCAUAGCCUUACCUCGUCGCUUACGAGUGGCCUACGUGACAGUACUACACUCUUCAGAAGCCUAUGUUUGUGGAGCAAUAGCCUUAGCGCAAAGUAUAAGACAAUCAGGAUCUCAUAAGGACAUGAUUCUCCUCCAUGACCACACUAUAACCAACAGGUCUCUUAUCGGUCUAAGCGCUGCGGGAUGGAAUCUCCGGCUGAUCGAUAGAAUCCGCAGCCCUUUUUCGAAAAAGGACUCUUACAAUGAGUGGAACUAUAGCAAAUUACGUGUGUGGCAAGUAACUGACUAUGAUAAACUUGUGUUCAUAGACGCAGAUUUCAUCAUCCUCAAGAAACUUGAUCAUCUCUUUUACUAUCCACAACUCUCAGCUUCAGGCAAUGACAAAGUCUUGUUCAACUCAGGAAUCAUGGUUCUUGAGCCAUCAGAAUGUAUGUUUAAAGAUCUAAUGGAGAAAUCGUUCAAGAUUGAGUCAUACAAUGGAGGAGACCAAGGAUUCCUCAAUGAGAUAUUUGUAUGGUGGCACAGGCUACCAAAACGUGUGAACACAAUGAAGUACUUUGAUGAGAAAAGCCAAAGAACACAUGAUCUUCCAGAGAAUCUUGAAGGUGUGCAUUACUUGGGAUUGAAGCCAUGGGUAUGUUAUAGAGACUAUGAUUGCAAUUGGGACAUGAGCGCGAGGCGCGUGUUUGCAAGCGAUUCGGUGCACGAGAAAUGGUGGAAAGUGUAUGACAAGAUGUCAGAUCAGUUGAAGGGUUAUUGUGGUUUGAAUAAGAAUAUGGAGAAGAGGAUUGAGAAGUGGAGAAGAAUUGCUGAGAAUAGUAGUUUGCCUGAUAGGCAUUGGGAGAUUGAAGUGAGAGAUCCUAGGAAGAAGAACCUUCUUGUUCAAUGAGAAGGUUUUAGCUUUUGUUGAUUUUUUUGAUUCUUAAGAAAGGGUUUUGCUUUAGUAUUUUUUAAAGAUUUCUAGGGGGAAUUUAUGGUACGACAAUGUACAAUGUAAUCUUACUUUCAGGGAUGAUAUGUGAAUGUGAAAGACAGCAAAUGAUCCUUUGAAUUUCACAUUAUUAUUUUUCUAAUAUAGUCUUUCAAUGAUGUUUAAAUUAAUUAUUGAAAUCUCUAUGUUAUUGAUUUCAAGAUUCUUUAAGAA